AUUUGUUUCAUCAUUAUUAAAUUAGUUGUUUCCCAAUCGUGUUAGUGCGUGUACUUACGGUGUACGAAUAAUUACAAAUAAUACACGCGUAGCAACACAUUUAACUUUUAAGCUAUAUAAUAAUAAUCUAAAAUUCUAUAACAAAAAAAUAUAUUUAUCAUUUGCUAAUUUUGUAAGUUCUUUUCCGUUAAUAAUCAUUUUAAGUUGUGGUAUUUUGUUAAUAUUAUGAAGACUUGCUUCGGAUGUUGUUCACUACACCAUGGCGUCACUGCGAUUGCCCUUAUAAACAUUGUUUGGAAUAUUACGGAAGCGUUAAAACACAUUUAUCACCGUGUUGAAGAGUAUGAACGAUUUAAGUGGAUUAUCAAUUCAAAUGGCAGUACUUCGGUUUCUCCCGAUGACAACAGCACUGCAGAAUAUGAGUCUUCUGACUACUUUUCUGAUAUCGAAAGAAUACCUGUCAUGAGUGGAAUAUAUAUGGACUACGUGUUCAUAAUUACAGUCAGUUGGGUCGUUUUGGAAUUCAUCUCGAAUUGCUGUCUCAAGCAAUCCACCUUUAAACGUGCUCCUCAAAAAAUCUACCUGUGGCUAGUAAUUUAUUACGCGAAUUUGUUGUUUAUGGUAUUGCAUUUGGUCUAUUAUACAAUGUUGAUGACGACAAAUUCAAUUCUAGUAUACACAUUAUUUUCACGGACAAAACAACAUUUUGGACAUUUUUUCGUGAAAUUGAUAUACAUAGCUAUUAUAAGUCUUGAGAUCGCUAUAAUCCAAUCGUACUAUAUUUCUGAAAAAAAAAAUAUGCUAAAUGACAUCAUACAACUCAAAUGGAAAUACGUAUCACGAGGAAAAAUGGUAUCGAAAGGUGUCGAUUAUUCUUCGUCGUCAGCUUUCAAUGAAAGAAUAUCUGGUCAAACCCAAGAAGGAUCUAGAAUACCGCCGUACAUAACCAAUAUCAUACAGAAUUAACUGUACUAUCACGUUUUCAACAUAGCUCCAUGCUCAACAAUUAAAAUUGACAAAAAUGCAUAUUAUCAUGUUGCAUUUUAAAAACAAUUUAAAUUUAUUGGUUUUAAAAAUUUGUCAGUUUCAUUUUUUAAAUGUAAAUUUGUAAAUGAUAUUAUUCCAUAUUAUAUAUCCUCAAUUAAAUACAUGAUAGUAUGUAAUAACUUUCUAACUAUAUUAAAUUAAGUACUCGAGUUUUGAGUCCAUCCAAC